GUCCGCCUCCCUGCCUGGCCCCAUCUAGUUGUACUCACUCACACAAGUUUCACAAAUGAUAAUAUUAUGAGGAAGAGAAACUUACUGACAAUGACCUCAAUGUAAAAUUUUUGCUUUUUGGCAGCUGCAUUAAGGAAGGUAUCUAAAGCCUGCUGGAUUUGGAUUAGAGAUGACUGUUUUAUCCAGGGUUUGAAAGCUUUCGAUUUGCAGUAUGACUCACAUUUUUCAUGUUAUGUGUAUGCCUGUGUGCUAAGUGUCAAUAACCUGAUGGCGAAAACAGGAGGUGAUGUAUCUUCAGAUAUAGAGUCGAGCCUCUAUCAGCGUGUUCAUGCUAUGCUUAGAGAACUGGACACACAAGCUCAAGCUGGUUCUGUCUGCAAUAAAGGAAUGCUAAGAUGGACACUGCAUAAAAAGGUGGAGAAUAAUCCUGCUACUAGCAUCUCUCUAGUGAGGGUCCUUGUUAAGGAGCUUGAAAAGGCAGACAGAAUAGACUGCAAAAUUCGCAUUAUUCCUUUGCUGCACACUCUGACUUAUGCAGUAAUACAGUCUGCUUACAUUCCAGAUGAUCUGUGUGAAAGGAUAUAUGCAUGCCUAAAGCGUCUGGUUACACUACCUGAGCCUUACUGCACUGUGGGCCUGAACUAUGCAAAACACAUCAAAAUAGAACACAAAAUCCCAGGUGCUCUCUAUCAAAGAAGAGUCAUUGCUGAGCACAGCCUAAAGAAUGAACAUUAUCCUUUUCAUGAGAGAGUGUUUGUGUUUGCGGAUCCAGCCGUGUUUCCUGAGACAUUGCUAAAUGCAGUGAGGGCUGAUGUGGAGUGUGGGGCUUUGGACUGGGACACACUGACCCCUCAGCGACGGGUUCUACUGCAUACACUACAAGCUGGGCUGGGGAGAGAAUGCCACGGGAAACGAAUUUCACAAGCUCUGGAGGAUUUAGGUGAAGACAUGGAAAAAUACUUUCAUGCCAUUGUGGCUACUGUAGAGGAGAGAAUAAUGGAUGGAGGUUCAGAAAGUGACCAGUACAACGCCAGAUUACACCAACUCUACGAUGAAAUCAUGUGCUCGAUUAGCACAGAGCAAUCAUGUCCUGCUAGUCUUAUUGGAGCUCCAAUGCCCAGUCCUGAAGUUAGCUUCCAUGUCUGGACAAAAGAAGAUGAGAUAUGGAAUGAGAUGAUAAACUUCACAUUAAUGCCGAGCUCUGAACAUCGAAACUCGCUUCUCGAAGAAGCAGAUACCAGACGUGCUUCUGUUAUUUCCACGAUAUCCAGAGACAGUGGCAUAGAGGGAGAUUUGCCUUUAAAUGAGUUCUCCCUUAUGAUGGUUGAGCCCUCUGGUGGAAUAGAUGUCCAAGAACAGCAAAAAAGUUUAUCCUUCUCCAGAAGGCCAUGUGUGAGGUGGCCGAAAGCUGGGAACAGAACAACUUUAAUGAUGGAGGCCAUUAAGGAAAGUGGAGGAACUGGGGGAAAUGGUAGCUCUAUACUUAAAGAUGAGAAGAACUUUACUGCUCGUGUCGUGGUCAUGGGUGAUGACAGCACUCUGGGAAAGCUGGCCAAAGCUUAUCACAAUAUAAGAAAAAAGGAGAUGCGGAAUUUGUUUCUGACAAAGAGAGUCAACUUGGAAAUGUACUAUAUUCCUGUCUUUAGCCAGUCCAGUGCAAAUUCUCCAAGCCAGGAAAAUCCUACAGCAGAUGUAGACAGACUUACACUUGGAGCAUCCUUGGGCAGUGUGGAUCCAUGGUACAACUCCAACAUUAACAAUCUGGGAGCCAUGAUACUGAAACUAGCUGAAAUGCACUCAAGUGUCGUCGGGUCUUCAGAGCCCAACUUCUUUCUUCUGGACAUCAUCUCAUACUACACACGCACAGCACAGCAGCCUGUCCAUAUCCCCAUUUACUCAGUUAAGAUUUCCUUCUCUGGUUUGGAUUCCAAGGUUGUAGAGGAGGUGUUCGUGUGUCAGCUUGACAUGGACUUUCCUGGAUUCAAACCUCUGAGACAUACAUUUAAAGACACAAUCAGGGGAUCAGUACGGUAUAAAAGAAACAUGCAAGAGGAUUUUGGUGUAGUUGUUGCAGUCAACUACAGAAAGGCCUCUGUAAGCAAUCGAGAAGUGGACAGAGGAAUUACUUUAAACAUGUGCAGCGUAUCAAUCCAUACAGCCCCACCUACUGGAAACAAAAGUCUGGAAAGUCUCAGUGUAGAUUUUCGCGAUCCAAAUCCUACCAAAGCUCCGAUGCCUACCCUUCGAGUGACCAACAUUAGCAUCAGAGCUUUGGAGAAAAAAAUAUUUACUGUAUGUCUUGACAAAGACUCCAGCAGGACCUUCAAAAAUGUCCAAAGUAUAGAGGUGUCCCCAUGCACAGACCCUGGAUACUCUGUUCAGAAGAGCAAGUCAAAACACAGUCUGAUGGAGGAUGACUCAGGUCUGAGCAAAUAUCUGAGCAAGACUUUUUCUUUACCUAUCAACACCUUCUCAGGAGCUGUUCAGUAACAAUAAUACAGCAAUCACACACUCUUCUGCCCUGAUCAUGAACUCUACAGAUUGAAAUCACAUACCUCUGUUAUGCAGCAUCUCACAUAUGGUUUCUUAUUACAGCUUUUCAUUGUCUGAUUGUGAAUACCUCUGAAUGUUGUCUGUUGUAUUAUUUAAAUAAUCUUAACAUCUUAAUAUGGAUUUGUGUCAGUUAUUUCUAUAGAUAUAUACAAUACAGGACAAUACAUAUACCAUUAUAUACAAAAAUACAUACUAUACAUUAAAGUGCACCUAAAUAAAUUAUUUAGUUUCCUUUGCUCCUCCCGUAAUAAGGUUACCUUCCAAGAGGCUUCAGUGUGCUUUAGUAUAUUAUAUAUGUCUUGGGAACUGUAUUAAAGAAAUGAACACUAUUUUUCCAAGAUAUUCCUUUAGGUUUGAUGAUGGCACUACCUAACAACAUCUUCCACAGCUUUAUAAAUGGGUGACUGUGGAGUCUAGAGCAUGCACUUAAAAUAUAUAUGUCAUUCUUAUUUUUUGCUCAAAAUCAGAUUAUUUUCUGUACAUUUAUAAUGGUCAUGUUACUCACAAUGCCCCAUCAUCUGUCUGUAGCCAUGUCAACUUCUAAUGAUCUGAAUGUUUACCUUCAUAAAUAAAUGAAAACCUUUCUA